GUGGUUAUAAAGUUGGGGGCGGAGAAGCUAAGGGUGUCUGGGAAAUGAUGGCUGAGGAAGAGGAAGAAGUCAAGGAGAUUUUCCCGAAAUUGCAGGAACUGGUGGAUCGGCUCUAUUCAUUUCGAGAGUGCUAUUUCGAGACACACAGUGUUGAGGAUGCUGGGAGGAAGCAACAGGAUGUGCGGGAGGAGAUGGAGAAGACCCUGCAGCAGAUGGAGGAAGUAGUGGGUUCUGUCCAGGGCAAGGCACAGGUUCUGAUGCUAACUGGGAAGGCACUGAAUGUGACUCCUAACUAUAGCCCUAAGGCUGAGGAGCUUCUGUCAAAGGCUGUGAAGCUGGAGCCCAAGCUGGUGGAAGCCUGGAACCAGCUGGGUGAGGUGUACUGGAAAAAAGGGGAUGUUGCAGCUGCCCACACCUGCUUCUCAGGAGCUCUCACCCAUUGCAAGAACAAAGUCUCCCUUCAAAACCUGUCAAUGGUGCUUCGCCAACUGCGGACUGACUCUGGAGAUGAACAUUCUCGCCAUGUCAUGGACAGUGUCCGACAGGCUAAGUUGGCUGUGCAGAUGGACAUCCUUGAUGGCCGCUCUUGGUAUAUUCUGGGGAAUGCGUACCUUUCUCUUUACUUUAAUACUGGCCAGAACCCUAAGAUCUCCCAGCAAGCCCUCAGUGCCUAUGCCCAAGCAGAGAAGGUUGACAGGACAGCUUCCAGCAAUCCUGAUCUUCAUUUGAACAGGGCAACGUUACAUAAAUAUGAAGAGAAUUAUGGGGAGGCCCUGGAAGGCUUUUCUCGGGCUGCAGCACUGGACCCUGCCUGGCCAGAGCCCCAGCAGCGAGAGCAGCAACUCCUGGAUUUCCUGAAUAGAUUAACCAGCCUCCUUGAGAGCAAGGGGAAGGUGAAGACCAGAAAGUUACAGAGCAUGCUGGGAAGCUUGCGCCCAGCCCAUCUAGGCCCUUGUGGAGAUGGGCACUAUCAGUCAGCCUCUGGGCAGAAAGUGACCCUGGAGCGCAAGCCCCUGAGUGCUCUGCAGCCUGGUGUAAAUAGUGGAGCUGUGGUCCUGGGAAAGGUGGUGUUCAGCCUUACUACGGAGGAGAAAGUCCCCUUUACAUUUGGCCUGGUAGAUUCGGAUGGACCUUGCUGUGCAGUGAUGGUAUAUAAUAUGGUGCAGAGCUGGGGAGUGCUCAUUGGGGACUCUGUAGCCAUCCCUGAGCCUAACCUUCGGCUUCACCGAAUUCAGCACAAGGGAAAGGACUAUUCCUUUUCCAGUGUUCGUGUGGAGACGCCCCUCCUGCUGGUGGUGAAUGGGAAGCCUCAGGGCUCCAGCAGCCAGGCCGCUGCCACAGUGGCAUCGAGGCCACAGUGUGAAUGACCUUCCUUGGAUGGCAUGCUAAAGAAGGAGUAGAGGCGAGGAGAAAAGCUCAAGGGCACUCGGCAACUGCACCAGCCAGAUCCAGUGACGCAACUGGAAUUGGGGGGACGUUUUAGAUGACAACUUUCCUUUCCUCUGCCCUGUAAGACACUUUGUGUCUUCUUUCUUUCCUGUUAUGUUCCAGCUCUCUCUGGGGCCACACAUGUCCCUGGUAUAUCUCCUGCCUCUUCCAUUGCUCUUCUAUGUUUUAGGCAAAGAGCAUGGAGUUGGUAGAAGUGUUGGGACCUUGUCAUGGGACAGAAUUCCCAAGGUUCCUGUUCUUGCCUCCUUCCUAAGCGUCAUGUGUAUAUAUCAUUUCAGUAUUUAUUGCUAAGGGAGGGGGUUUAAUUUUUUUAAUGACUUAGUUUUUGAGCAGUUUUUAUUUUUAAAAUUUAGGUGCUUCCCCUUCUUUGGGGCUGGAACAGAAUUAAAUUUGUUUGGAUAAAAAAUACUGUGUAGUUUGGCCUGCUUCAUUCUCUCUAGGCUUGAAUUCUUGGUUUUAGGAUCACUUCAAUCCAUUAGAGUAAUACCCCCUUCCCCGCUUUUUUCUUUAAGCAAAAUAGUUUACUUCUCUCUCAGUUAAAAGAAAUCUGGCAAUAGGCAGCCCAGGGCAGGAAUGGCAGUUCCACAAAGUUGUUGGGAACCAGCUUCCUUCCACUUCCCCAUUCUGUCAUCCUUAGGAGUGGCCCUUAUCAUAGUCCAACAUGACAGCAGUACUAUUCUAAUAGUGUUACUAGGGUGAAAGACCAGAGAGAGCUAGAUAUUCAAUUCCUUUAGGUUCUAGUGAUACAUUUUAUAACAGUUUCUUUUAAUAUCCUUGUGGAAAAAUAGGGAAAUAUGAGGGAGGAUUAUUAACCAACUGAAUGGUUAUAACCAGAGAGUACAUGAAUGGAUACAGAUUAAUUUGGAAGACUUCUAGUGAUGUUUGUGUUUUAAGAAGUCCUUCCCUAUCCUGAAGUCAUCAAAACAUAUCCCCUCUGUUGAUUUAUGAAUUUUUAUCAUUUUGUCCUUUUCUUUCAUUAUGACCUUUCCUUGUGUUACGAUGUAGGUAUAUAAUUUUUUUUCUUAAUGAGUAAUUAAUUGCCCCAGCACCUUUUAUUAAAGAUCUAUCCUUUGCCCACUGAUCUUUAAAGCCCAAUCUGUCUUAAACCAACUUUUUAUAUAUAGUAUAUAGGUCUGUUUCUGAGCUUUCUCUUCUGAUCUAUUCUGAUCUAUUUGUCUAUUUCUAUUCCAAUACCAUAUUGUCUUCUCAUUUUAUAAAAAGUCAGUAUCCAAUCAGAAUAACAAUGGGCCAUGUUGUUCUUAACCAGUGGCCCAUUUACAUUUUAGAAUCCGUACAUUUUCGUGAAAAACUCCUCUGGGUUUUGCUUGGGGUUGCAUUGAAUUUAUAGAUCAAUUUAGGAAGAACAGACAUGUUUAUAACAUUGAAUCUUCUUAUUCAUGAUUUUCUUCAUUUACUUAAGUCUUCAAUAUAUUUCAAUAUAAUUGUAUACUUUUUCUGGAAAAGUCCUAUAUAUCUUUUAUUAGAUUUAUUCCUAGAUACUUCGUAGUUUUCUAUGCUAUUGUAAAUAGUAUAAUUUUAAAAAUUACAUUUGCUAACUGUGCUUGGGAAUAGGUAUAAAUUGACUUUAUAUAUUUCAUAGCUGUCACCUGUUUAGAACUCUCUCAUUCUAAUAAUUUGUUGAUUCCUUUUGGUUUUCUGUGUAUAAAUAACAACUUUUUUGUGUCUUCCUUUCCAGUCCUUUUACCUUUUAUUUUCUUUGUUUUCUGCAGUAGUUACGAUCUCUAGUAUGCUGAAUACAAGUGAUGAUUGCAGGCAUCCUUGUCUUGUUCUUAUACUUAAAGGAAAUAUUUUCAAAAUUUCAGUAUUAAAUAAGAUGUUUGUUAUAUAGUUUUUACAUAUGCCUGAUCUUAGAUUUCAAGCCUAUCUGGGUUUUUAUGAUGAAAAGGUAUUACAUUUCAUCUAAGGCUUUUUCUGCAUUUAUUGAGAUGGCAGAUGACCUUUUUUUUCUUUUAAUCUGUUAGUGUGGUGGAUUUGAGUACUCAGCUUUUUUUUUUUUUUUUUUUAACGGUACACGGGCCUCUCACUGUUGCGGCCUCUCCUGUUGCGGAGCGCAGGCUCCGGACGCGCAGGCUCAGCGGCCAUGGCUCACGGGCCUAGCCACUCCACGGCAUGUGGGAUCUUCCCGGACCGGGGCACGAACCCAUGUCCCCUGCAUCGGCAGGCGGACUCUCAACCACUGCACCACCAGGGAAGCCCGAGUACUCAGCUUUUGAUUAAUAAAUCAAACUUGCAUUCUUGGUACAAAACUUACUUGGUCAGGAUAUGUAUUUCUUUUUAUAUCGCUGGAUUUACUUGUGUAAUAUUUAAGAUUUUAUAUCUGUGGGUCACAAGUGAUAUUAGUUUAUGAGUCUACACUAUUAAUCUAUUCUAGUCUGGUUUUGGUAUUAAAGUUAUGCUAACCUCAUACAAUGAGUAAAGAGCGUAUCUCCUGUAUGUUUAUUUGAAAGGGUGAUAUAAAAUCAGUUUGUCUUUUUCUUGGUGGAACUUGCCCAUAAAAUCAUCAAUCAGCACCUGGCAUUUUCUUUAUGGAAAGAUUAACUUCUGAUUUAAAUUCUUUAAGGUUUAUUGGAUUGAAUUAUUCAAGUUUCUCUUGAUUAAGUUUUGAUAUUUUGUAUUUUUUAGUAAUUUAUCCGUUUCAUUUAAGUUUUCAAAUUUACUCUCCUAAAUAUUUGUAGUAUGUUCCUUAUUUGUUUAUUCUCUAUGGUAUCAGUCAUUUUGUCCCCUUUUUCUCUAAGGUAUUAUUGGUAUUAUUCAUUUGUACCUUAUCACUUCUCCUUCAGCCUUUUGUCUCUUACAAGUCUUCAAAGAAAUUGACUUUGUUUACCCUCAUCUUUUGUAGUUCUCUUCUUUUUCAUUAGUUUUAUUUUUAUCUUCAUAAUAUCCUUUUUUUCUCCUGUUAUAAGAGUGCCUGUUCAUGAGCUGGGAUAUAAUUUUUGUAUCUGAUAGGCAACAUGACAUUUCAUUGUUUCAAAUUUUCAUUCCUUUAUUUGUGAUGUUGAAGAUCUUUUAAUAAAAUACUAGCUAGCUACUUAUAAAUUUGAUGUGUAACAGAGAGCAUCCAAGACUGAGGAAAAUGUAUUAAAAAAAAUUUAGGGAGCUAUGUUUAGGAAAUGAUAUAGCACUUUGUACCAUCUGUAUUAUAUGACACAUUUUAUUGUAUUAUGAUUACUUGAUUCUAUGGUUUGAACUCUUAAAGGACAGCCACUAACUCAUACUUAUCUUUGAGUUCUAGACAUUAUUAUAUACAUCUCUGAGUGUUGGACAUUGCCUGAUUUGACAACAAAUGGCUGGCCGGCUGGACAGAUGGUUGAAAACGAGGAGGAAAAAGCAGCCGUGGAAACCUAAUUCAUGGGAACUUCUUGAAUGUACUCUCAGAUGCCAAUAAAAUCCACUGAGCAAUUUGACAGUCUUUCUUAUAUGCUCCUGUUAUGAUGAUUAAUUUUGUAAAGAUCAGUGUACCUUUUUGUUGUGAAUUAUGUUUAAUGCUAUUAGUUAUACUGUGAGGUAAAUAUGCACAACUUAUGCUGGAGUUAGAAGGACCAACAUCCGAAUAAGUUUGGAACUGUGACAUGGAUCAUGGGUUGAUGUAGUCUGCCUGUAUGAUUGCUGGUAUAACUUAAUUGACAUUUUAUCUUUUUCUUUCUAAUUUUUUUUGUUAAAUACAUACAUAUAUACAUACACACAUACAUGCAUCCCAACAUCUUGCAUUUACUAAAAUAUCAUGUUUGUAUUUUUAUAUUUUACUCUGGUAAUUUACACUGCCAAUGCAGGGAGAAGAUGUAUACAAAUUUACAUUUACUAUCUCUUUAAAAGUUACUUUGUUAUUAAAGAAAAUGUUUAGGUCUAGAGGUUCCAGGUUUUUUCCCUUCCCUCAUAGCCUUUUUGUGGCUACUAAUCGCUAGCCUAUUCUUGAUUUGCCUAACUUUGUUUUUUGCCUUAUAAUUCUGCUAAGAUUCUGAAGCCAUCAAUAAAAGUCUAACUUUC